AUGCACCUCCUACGUUGCCGGGUCUACUGGACCGGUGAGGAGCGCUUCUGGAACUGGUUCGACGUGUUCCUAGCCAUCAGCGGCGUCACAGAUGUCACAUUGCAAAUCGUCACUGAAGAUACCUCCGACAUCUUCGGAGCCUCUUUGCUCCGCUUUUGCCGAUUGAUUCGCCUUGCGAGGAUCGUGAAGGUGUUCCGGCUGAAGUUCAUGAAAGAUCUCCGCCUGAUGGUCAAGGGCUGGAUUGCAGGGAUCCGCACGCUGGCGCUGGCCUUUACGCUGCUCUUUGUGGUGCUCUACGUGAUCUCAGGCUUUGCGACGAUGACCAUAGGCAGUAGCCAGCUGACCUCGGAGGUCGGGUUGCAGGUCUACUUCGACACCAUCCCUGCCGCCAUGUUCACAGCGUUUCGCUGCUUCACGGGCGAGUGUGUCAACGACACAGGGCACUCGAUCACCUCAAUUCUUGGCGCAGAGUUUGGCGUGAUCUUCAUCCUCCCCUUCGUUGCCAGCUACAUGCUGGUGACCAUGGGCAUCUUCAAUGUCAUUUUGGCCGUCUACGUGGACAUUACCAUGAAGGCUGCCAAGGAGAACGAAGCUGUGACAGCGGAACAGUAUGCCCGCGAGUCCAUUCGGAUCGCGCGCAUGACGCGUGAGCUGCUGAAGAA